AUGGGAAAUGUUUGCUGUUUAAAUUAAGAUGUUAGGAGAUUGAAUAUUCAACCAAUGAUUCCAUUGAUCCCAACUGAUGAAGCCUCUUUAGAUGAAACUAAAAUUGUUAAAUUACAAUCAAGUAUUAGACGUAAUAAAUGAUUUCAUUACAAGGUUACCUUGCCAAAACAAAAUAAAAAUAAUAAUCAGAGGCUUCAGCAACUACAGCAGUUUAAGUUUAAUCUAAAGUGACUGAAUAAAUAGUUUCGAUAAUUGAAAUGAUUCCAAUAGAUGCAUAAAAAGUAGAGUGGCCUUAAAAUUUGCUUUAAGCUGUCCAAAACAAAUUAAAGGAAUUGCCACCUUUAGUGUAAUUGACACAUUAAUGUUAUCUAUUGAAUGAUGGUUGCUACUAUUAAGGACCUUUUGUCGAUUAUAAAAAAGAAGGAUUUGGAUAAUAAAUCGAUUAAGAUGGUUCUUUAUAUGAAGGAACAUUCAAAUAGAACGUAAAAAAAGGAAAAGGAAGACAAAUAAGUUGUGAUGGAAGUGUGUAAUUCAUAUAAUAUUAUCUAGAUAUGAAGGAAAUUUUGAUGAUAAUGAAUAUGAUGGUUAUGGUGAAUUUUAAGAUUCUUAUGGGUUUGUAUAUAAGGGAGAAUGGAAGUAAUCGUUAUUCCAUGGAGAAGGUCAUGAGAUAAAUGAUUAAUUCUAAUACAAAGGAGCAUAUAAAUAGGGAUACAGGACUGGAUACGGAGAAAUUAUAUAUGUAGAUGGAAAUAAGUAUAUGGGAGAAUUCCAGAAAAACAGGUUUGAAGGUCUUGGUAUUUUCAUCUAUGCAGAUGGAAGGAAAGUAAUGAAUAUUGAGCUAAUUUUUUAGUAUGAAGGCAGUUGGAUGAAUAACCAGAUGCAUGGCAAAGGCACUUUUACUUGGCCUAAUGGACGUAAAUACACUGGAAAUGUAUUUUAAUCUAUUUAAUAGUUUAGUAUCAUUUAGAUUUGAAGGAAGGAUUUGGUGAAUUCUUAUUUGAAAAUGGAAGUAGUUAUAGGGGAAUGUGGAAACAAGGAAAAUAGCAUGGACAUGGAGUGAUGAUUUCAGAAUUAGGAGAUUAAAGAGAAGGAGAAUGGGUUGAAGGAAGAAGAAUAAAAUGGAGAUGAC